AGAAGACUGUAAGAGGAAUGGAUUGGCAGGGGGAUGACUACAGCUUUCUCCACAUCGGCGAGUUUUGGAGCUGUCUGGGGGUGACAGGGUUGACGGACUUCCACACAUGGCGGGAGAACUACCCUGUGACGGUAGCUGUGCUGGACUCCGGCAUCGUGAGGGACCAUGACGCCUUCAAACACCUUCCCGAGAUCCGCGGCAAGAACUUCAGCUCCACUGGGACUGGCCUGGACAUAAAUGACAGUGACGGGCACGGUACGCAGUGUGCAGCCAUCAUCGCAGGUGGAGCGUACCAUGCAGAGGACGGGGGUGUACAGGAUGCCGGGUUCUGUAACGGAGUGGCGCCGUUCGUGGACCUGUACAUCUGUAAAACGGACAGGGAUGACGUCACAAGCGUCAUCGCCGCCAUCAAUGAGCUGAUCGACAAAAAGAAAGAUGGCUCCCUGAAGGUGGAUGUGAUCUGCAUACCCCUCGGGUUUCCCAACUACAAUGCGCAGCUGAGGAAGUGCAUCUACCGGGCCUCACUCAAAAACAUCACGGUGGUCUGUGCGGCGUGUAGCGACGGUUCUAAGCGCUCCCUCGGCGUGCAGUACCCCGCCCGCUUCGGCGACGUCAUCUGUGUGGGAAGUCACGACCUGCGCGGCCGGCCAGCCAAGUUCAGUCCGCUAGGGAGGGAGAUCGACAUCCUGGGGCCCGGGAAGGUCCGGUCGGCCACACCGGGGAAGGACGGGGUGAAGAACGCCAUCUCUACGGUAAAGGGAACGUCCUUUGCCGCUCCGUUUGUGGCUGGCGUUGUCGCCAUGGUCCUGGCAAAUGCACAGCGAAUAGGUGGAGAAUCUCUCCGUACCGCCGUCUCUAACAACACGGUGAUGAAACACAUCCUCCGUGAGAUGUCGUCAGAACCAGGCGACCACAGCGAGGACCGGGGACACGGCAUCCUGGACCCGCUGCAGAUCUUCCCUGAUGAACACUUCCGACAGACUGUCCAGGAGAUCACUGCCGAAUAUCAGCCUUUGCGAAAAGCCUCAGACUCCGGAGAUGAACAGCAGGGCAACGAGGGACGUCUGGACAUCUCUGAGCAGAAGGUCGAGGCGGCAGAAUCUGCUCUGAACGCAGCAGCCAAACUUCAGGCACAAAUGCAGAAAAUUGCCGAGUCCACGUUCAAACCUGAAGCAAAAGUCACCAUCGCUGUGAUUGGUGGAAAGUUAGCCAAUCCAGAGCAACUUGACAUUGUUGCUAAGCAAACCUGUUUUGCGGAUGAUGAGCCAUGUUCUACCAGGGUGUUGGACUUUGCGCCUGGGCACACACAGUAUGUUGUUGCCGAGGUUGCAAAUUCCAAGCAAUCCAAACCGAACAUAGCUAACGACAUUAACGAGGCAGUUUACGUUAAUAAGGCUGAUGUCGUCCUCGUCCAAGUUGGGUUCGAAAAGUUCGAACUCAACAUGCUCAGAGCUGUGUCAAAGGCUAUGCAGAAAGGCAGGAUCGUGAUCGCAGCAGCCCCCGAGCUCCCCGAGACGGACAGGGAAAUCCCGUUCCCGGCCAAACACGGCGACGUCAUCUGCGUGGGGAGCCACUCCGAGAAGGACGAGGGCUCCGCCUUCAACACGCGCGGGCGGGAGAUGGACUUCCUGGCGCUCGGCGAGGGAGUCAGCGGCCGCUCCGGGACGGCUGUGGCGGCCAUGGUCGCCGCCGCUACCGUCGGAUUCACCCUGCUGUAUGCCGAGUCCGUUGGUGGUGCUGAGCUGCGGAGGGAUAUUCAGAGUAACGCGGUGAUGAGGGAGCUCCUGCGCGGAGCCUGCUCCAGGCGGGGCCGCCACAGUCCGGACCAGGGACACGGUAUCCUCAGUCCGAGGAAACUGUUCAGGAGGGGACCUGAACACUUCAAGCAUUUGGUUCGUCAGAUCGUACAAGUCCAGAAUAAGUAGGCUGUAAGUGUAUGUAUGUCCAACAAAAUGUACUUGAACUUGAACUUUAUUGCUCAUAUGUUUAUUGGUAAGCCGUAAAAACACAACGCAAAAACUUUUAUAUUGGCGUGCACCGAGGUCUGCUACAAUUCAUGUCAGGCGUUGAAAAGAAACUGAGUUCUAGGAACAGGCUCUCAUUGAUUUGAGAUUAUGAGGCGUCUUUUCGCAUUCCGUCUUGCUUUAAAGUGUGCGUAGAAAAAGAUUAAACAUAUACCUGAUUGGUUUACUCAUGUUUCAAAUUUGACUUAAGUUUUGAAACAGACAUACGAAACAUUUCCUAUACCUUUCUGGGACAUAUAAGUUUAACACGUUUGUUGGAACUGAAUAUUUCAGUAUCUGUAAACCGUGCGUAAAAAGGCAUGCCGCAAUACGUUACCUUUACAACUGCGAAAAUCUUUCGUAAAGAUUAGAUUUCUUUUUCAGUAGACUUUAAUCGAUCUUAAAGUCUGCUUAAAUAUUUCCUUGUCUUUUAAGUCUCAAUACGGAUGUCGUGAUUUUUGCUUAAAUAUCUGUUUUCGUGCUGUGCAGAAUAAGUAGGCUGUGAUGGAAACGGUGGUUUCUGUAAGGGUUAUUGUUUGCAUGGCACUGCCAUGAUUUUAUGAUUUUGAAGAAGCCUUGUACCCUCCCCUCCCCUGAGUGUAUAGUGAACAAGCCCCGGGGUCACAGGUUCUCCCAGGGGUUUCCAGGAAUUUGGGCAUGUCAACAAACAGAGCUGGGAGACAUUCCUGUGGACAUUCCAUGCCUGUGGACAAGAUGCCUGUACAAUUCCUAGAAUUCUUGCAAAUUGCACACAAUACUGUACCAUUAGGCUCCUCCCUGAGACGUCGCCAAAAAUGUAUGUCCAACAAAAUGUAUGAACCUAAAGCUUUAAGUGUUUGGAUCAUUUUUUCACGAGAAGCUAAAAUCGGCCCGCAGGCAUUGAGAAAACACCUCUGAGACCCUUAAAAAUCUAACAAUUUUAUGGCUGAAAAUUACCGAAAUUACAAUGGAUACCAUGGCAAUUCUGAUAAUGAUAUGAACAUAUGGAUUUUCUUUUGUCACAUAGCAUAGUUCUCCUAGCUACUUUUAUAAAACAAAAGUUGACGAUGUAACAUUGAAAUUAAAAGGGUAUACCAGGGGGUUCCCAGAACCAAUGAAAUCAGAUUUGAGAUCAAUUUACAAAAUUUAUCAUAUUCUACCUCUUAUGUCAAUUAGUGUAUACCUUUCAAAAUAAAUUGGGUGCAUUAAUUUUGUGCUAAAUACUAUAAAGGCUAUGUGUGUGGGUUAUCAGAACACCAUGUGUGAAACUAGCUACAUGCAUGUAGAUACAAGUACAUCGUAUGGACAAUCUAGCAACAGGGCAUAACAAAGGUUAAGAAUAUUAGGCGAAUUCAACUAAAGGCCACUGAACAAAAAUCACUCAGACCAUUUAGGAUCACUGUAUCAGUCUUAAAACCAGGCAAAGACAGCUGUAGGUCUUUGAAAUCCACUCAUACUCAAAGAAAGGCUUUCUUUCCACUACCAGUGGCUCUCUGAACAAUGAACAGUUUAGCAUUUAUAUUUAGAAGAACGUCUUUUCAGUUUAUACAAUUUACUAUUUACGAAAUUAUAAUGGAAUGGAAGGUGUUUUACUCAUUCAUUUAGAAAACAUCUUAAAUGAACUGAGCAUAUCGUAAAUAUGACAACAAGGUGAUAAUCAAAGGCUGUAAAAUAAUACAAGUAUCAAAAGUAUACAUUCAAUAUAGUCUUCAUAAUUUUGAUUGAGAAUUUAAGUUUGUACGGUGUAAAAGUGCAUU